AUGGGAAAUCUGGUCAUCGUUCUUCUACUAAUGUGCAUUGUGUCAAGUUUUCGUGCGCUACAGCGACAAGCCGGCAGGCAAGGGUUGCGUUGCCAAUAUCACUUUAAUUGCUUGCCACGUGCGGUUUGUGACAAUGGUACAUGCAAGGAGAUUCCUUGCAAAGACAACAGCGCCUGCCCCGGAAUUUUGACUUGUUAUUAUGGCAUGUGUGAUGGAAAUGUGGAAGAAGACGAAAUAAAUCGCAAUAUAGGGACACCCUGCAAAAACAUCGGCGAUUGCUACUUCAACCUGGUUUGCCAAAAUGGAUCUUGCCAGAAAGGCAAAUAAAGUCUCUGAACUGAAAUGGACUGCGGCGCCAACGCUACAGGCGUUACAAUCAGGAGGACGGGGAUACUUCCAAGCAACGCUAC